AUGGAGUUCCUCACGGGCUACCGUGCCGAGAUCCUGGACUUCGCGGAGCUGCUCUUCGGCUGGUACCAGCGCUUCCUGGUGGACGCGGCCUGCCAGCGCGGUGGCAAAAGCCUGGAGGGCUGCAUCCGGCGCCUGCCCCCCGACCCGGCCCUGUGGGUGCUGCACCUGCUGCCCAACCACAGCCUGGCCUUCGCCGUCGCCGACCCGGGCCAGCAGCUGGGGGGGCGCUUCUACAGCGAGGACGCCCUGGCGCUGCGGGACCUGGACCGCUUCAUCACCUUCACGGACACGGAGGAGGAGGAGGAGCAGCAGCAGCAGCAGGCGGGGGAGGACCCUGCCAGCCUGGAGAGAGGUGGGGGGUCCCGGGGGGCAGGCUGCGGAGACGCGUGCUCGGCCGGCGAGUGGGGAGAAGUGGGCCGAGGCGGAGUGGCUGCCACCCGCGUCCCCCUGGUGAGCCUGGGCCCCGCCGCCGCUGAGCAGGAACCCUGCCAGGGCGGCCCCCAGAAGCCCGGUGCUGGCGCUUCCGCAGCCCCCCGGGACCCCCGCCAAGCCAGCCCCACCUCGGGUGCACCUGCCGCGGGGCGCGCAGGCGAGCGGCGCCUCCUUUGGGGGCCAGCCGGGGCAGGCGUGGGCCGGCUGACCGGAGGCCAGCGGCUCACGCCCUCGCUCCCCGCAGGCCACCCCCUCUGGCGCGUGGACCGCCUCCUGCUGGUGACGGACGAGCAUGGCAGCAUCAUGGGCUUCGACUUCUUGCUGGGGGGCCCCCUGGGAGUCGCCGGGCAGGAGCCCCUGGAGGCCCGGGCCAUCGCCCUCCUCUGCCAGAGCAUGACCUGCCCGCUGGGGGCCGGGGAGCCACGCCGCCCCAAGCAGCUCACCGUGGGAGACCCCGCGCUGCAAAAGUCCCUGGAGCCGCUGCUCUCCCGGCUGGGCGUGAAGCUGAGCGAGGGGCCGCUGCGGGGCUGGGGGCCCCGGCCGGCCUUCACCUUCCCCAGCACGCGCGUGCCGGCCUGCCACGUCUGCAAGCGGCACAGCUUCGAGGCGCACGUCGCCGCCUGCCAGCACUGCCGGGCGGUCCUGUACUGCUCCGAACGCUGCCGCACGCUGGACUGGAACCGCAGCCCCGAGGACGUCGGCCACCGGUUCUGGUGCCAGCGCAUGGCCGGCUACAUGAGCCGAGCACCUGAGCUGGCCGACCUGCCCUUCACCUUCGCAGCAGAGGCCACCAGCGAGACCUUCAACAAGGAGGGCUUCCUCUCCGCGCGGGGCCUGACCCGGGGCUACUGGGCCGGGGAGAGCAUGCUGGUGCCGGGACCGCAUGGGUCCCCGGGCUCUCCCUGGAGGACCCACAGCUGCCCUGGCCCACAGCGGAACCCUUUCGAGGCGCUGCGGCCAGAAGGGGGGGUGGCGCUGCAGGCAGCCCCUCCGGAGCCCCCCACAGCCCGGACGUUCUUUGGUUCCUGGAAGGAGUACUACCAGUGGCGGGGGCUGUCGCUCAGCGCGCCCCCAGCCGUCAUCCUGACCUACCCCCUGACCUUGUACUACAUCAUCACCCAGCUGGCCCCCCAGGACUUUCCUGAGCUGAACAUCCUGAACAAACAGUCCCUCAAGAUCCACGUGGUGGAGACGGGCAAGGAGUUCGGGGUCCUGAUGGUCUUCUGGGAGCUGUCUGUGCUGCUCCCCCACGUCUCCCUGGAGCUGCUCCUUGUGGGGGACCUCGUGCCCCCCGAGCUGGACGGCCAGCAGUUUCUCUUGCAGAGAGAUGUGCACGGCGUCUCUGUCCAGCCUGGGCUGGCCCCCCGCUCCAAAGGGGGCCGCCGCGAGCUGCAGCUGGGCUUCAGUGCCCGCCCGUACCACCUGCUGCAGGCGCCCAAAGCAGACCUGGUGAUUGCGUUUAACUCCGGGCUCGCCCUCAAGGAGACCUGGCGGAGUUCUCUGCCCCGGCUGCAGUCGCUCCGCGUGCCCGCCUACUUCACCGAGUGCAGCGAGUACAGCUGCGCCGUGGACGAGGCCGCCGUGUCGAUGGCCACGGGGGGCAGCGCCAGCGCCCCGCAGAUCAACCCCUUCCGCUCCCCCUUCCGGCAGGCCGGCAUCGACAACGCCAUGCCCUGGUACUCGAACGCCUUCAUCUUCCACCUGAUCUACAAGGCGUCUGCCGGCGGCCACCGGCAGGCCGCCGCCCCCGCCGCGCAGCCCCUCCCCGCCAGCGGGACCCCCGAGCCGCCGGAAGCAGCGCGCAGCCGGCGCAAGGAGAAAAAGCAGACCCGCGCGGCCGGGCGCCGGCGCAAGUGA